AUGGCACAGCUUACUUACGGAUUUGCCGAACCUGCUCCAGCGUGCACUCUUGUCUCGCAUCUUUUUCCAGACAAAAUAGGCGGCCGUCCGGCUUGGCUUGCUCUGGAUCACUUGCCCGAUGAGGCUCAGCUCGUCUGUUCUUCAUGUGGCCAACCAAUGGCCUUUCUGCUUCAGCUUUAUUCACCUCUAGGCGAGGAUAGGGAGGACUGCUUCCACCGGAUGCUCUUUGUAUUUAUGUGCAAAUCGGGUCGUUGUUUCCUGAAGUCAGCUUCAGCUUCCUCUGAAUCGCCUGUAUCAUCACCACGGCCGUCAGUGCCCUUCCGCGUGUUUCGAUCCCAACUGGCCAAAUGCAAUCCCUACUACAGGUUUUUCAAGCCCUUCUUACCCACUUUAUUCCCUGCUGAUUAG